ACAGCAACCCGGGCAGAGGAGGAGGCGCGGCGGCAGCGGCGGCGGCGGCGGCGGCUCGGACCCCUCCCCCGGCCCCCAUCGGUGCAGCUCUCCGGGCGAUGCCAGAAUAGAUGCCGGGGCAAUGUCCCGCCGCAAACAGGGCAACCCGCAGCACUUGUCCCAGAGGGAGCUCAUCACGCCAGAGGCCGAUCACGCAGAGGUCGCCAUCCUCGACGAAGAUGAAGGUCUGGAGAUAGAGGAGCCCGGCAGCCUGGGGCUGAUGCUCGCUGGCCCCGACCCUGACCUGCUCACCUGUGGCCAGUGUCAGAUGAACUUCCCCCUGGGGGACAUCCUGGUUUUCAUAGAGCACAAGAAGAAGCAGUGUGGCGGUAGCCUGGCCGGCUGCUACGACAAGGGCCUGGACAAGGCCAGCCCGCCGCCCUCCUCACGCUCUGAGCUCAGGAAAGUGGCCGAGCCGGUGGAGGUCGGGAUUCAGGUGACCCCCGACGAAGAUGAGCACCUGCUCUCGCCCACGAAAGGCAUCUGUCCCAAGCAGGAGAACAUUGCAGGGCCGUGCAGGCCUGCCCAGCUGCCAGCGAUGGCCCCCAUAGCUGCCUCCUCCCACCCUCACACAUCCGUGAUUACUUCACCUCUGCGUGCCCUGGGCACUCUCCCGCCCUGCUUCCCCCUGCCGUGCUGCAGCGCGCGCCCCGGCUCGGGCGAUGGGCCUCAGGGUGAGGGUCAGACGGAGGCUCCCAUUGGAUGCCAGUGUCAGUGGUCAGGUAAAGAUGAGCCUUCCAGCUACAUUUGCACAACAUGCAAGCAGCCCUUCAACAGCGCGUGGUUCCUGCUGCAGCAUGCGCAGAACACGCACGGCUUCCGCAUCUACCUGGAGCCCGGGCCGGCCAGCAGCUCCCUCACGCCGCGGCUCACCAUCCCGCCGCCGCUCGGGCCGGAGGCCGUGGCGCAGUCGCCUCUCAUGAAUUUCCUGGGCGACAGCAACCCCUUCAACCUGCUGCGCAUGACGGGCCCCAUCCUGCGGGACCACCCCGGCUUCGGCGAGGGCCGCCUGCCCGGCACGCCACCGCUCUUCAGCCCGCCGCCGCGCCACCACCUGGACGCGCACCGUCUGAGCGCCGAGGAGAUGGGGCUCGUCGCCCAGCACCCCAGUGCCUUCGACCGAGUCAUGCGCCUGAACCCCAUGGGCAUCGACUCGCCCGCCAUGGACUUCUCGCGACGGCUGCGCGAGCUGGCGGGUAACAACCCCACGCCGCCGCCCGUGUCGCCAGGCCGUGGCAACCCUGUGCAUCGGCUCCUGAACCCCUUCCAGCCCAGCCCCAAGUCCCCUUUCCUGAGCACGCCGCCGCUGCCCCCCAUGCCGCCCGGGGGCACGCCGCCCCCGCAGCCGCCGGCCAAGAGCAAGUCGUGCGAGUUCUGCGGCAAGACCUUCAAAUUUCAGAGCAACCUCAUCGUGCACCGGCGCAGCCACACGGGCGAGAAGCCCUACAAGUGCCAACUGUGCGACCACGCGUGCUCGCAGGCGAGCAAGCUCAAGCGCCACAUGAAGACGCACAUGCACAAGGCCGGCUCGCUGGCCGGGCGCUCGGACGACGGGCUCUCGGCCGCCAGCUCGCCCGAGCCUGGCACCAGCGAGCUGACCGGCGAUGGGCUCAAGGCAGCUGACGGCGACUUCCGCCACCACGAGAGCGACCCGUCGCUGGGCCACGAGCCCGAAGAGGAGGACGAGGAGGAGGAGGAGGAAGAGGAGGAGCUGCUGCUGGAGAACGAGAGCCGGCCCGAGUCGAGCUUCAGCAUGGACUCGGAGCUGAGCCGCAACCGAGAGAACGGAGGCGGCGGCGGAGGCCUGGGCGCGGGCGCGGGCGUGGGCGCGGGCCUCGGCGUGGGCGGCGGGGCCGGGGUGCCUGGCGCGGGCGUGGGCGGCGCGGCCAAGGUGCUGGCAGAUGAGAAGGCGCUGGUGCUGGGCAAGGUCAUGGAGAACGUGGGCCUGGGCGCGCUGCCGCCGCAGUACGGCGAGCUGCUGGCCGACAAGCAGAAGCGAGGCGCCUUCCUCAAGCGCGCCGCGGGAGUGGGCGUCGGUGUGGACCCCGGCGACGACGACGACGCGGGCGGCUGCGGAGAUGCGGGGACGGGCGGUGCUGUCAACGGGCGCGGCGGUGGCUUCGCACCCGGGGCCGAGCCCUUCCCCGGCCUCUUCCCGCGCAAGCCCGCCCCGCUGCCCAGCCCCGGGCUCAACAGCGCGGCCAAGCGCAUCAAGGUGGAGAAGGACCUGGAGCUGCCGCCCGCCGCGCUCAUCCCGUCCGAGAACGUGUACUCGCAGUGGCUCGUGGGCUACGCCGCGUCGCGCCACUUCAUGAAGGACCCCUUCCUGGGCUUCACGGACGCGCGCCAGUCGCCCUUCGCCACGUCGUCGGAGCACUCGUCCGAGAACGGCAGCCUGCGCUUCUCCACGCCGCCCGGGGACCUGCUGGACGGCGGCCUGUCGGGUCGCAGCGGCACGGCCAGCGGGGGCAGCACGCCGCACCUGGGCGGCCCGGGCCCCGGGAGGCCCAGCUCCAAGGAGGGCCGGCGCAGCGACACGUGCGAGUAUUGCGGCAAGGUGUUCAAAAACUGCAGCAACCUCACCGUGCACCGGCGGAGCCACACCGGGGAGCGGCCUUACAAGUGCGAGCUGUGCAACUACGCGUGCGCCCAGAGCAGCAAGCUGACUCGCCACAUGAAGACGCAUGGGCAGAUCGGCAAGGAGGUGUAUCGCUGUGACAUCUGCCAGAUGCCUUUCAGUGUCUACAGCACCCUGGAGAAACACAUGAAAAAGUGGCAUGGCGAGCACUUGCUGACGAACGACGUCAAGAUCGAGCAGGCCGAGCGGAGCUAAGCCGGGGCGCUGUGUGCCCCCCGAACCGCGCGCCCGCCGCCCUGCGUGGCCCUGACUCACCUCCGCGUCCCUGCCAUCGCGGUGCCCUGCGCACCUGCUUCCUGCACUGGGGGACCUUCCGGGUGUGCCAGCCCCCCAACCUAACCUGUGUCUGCGAAGUCCUAUGGAAACCCGAGGGUUGAUUAAGGCAGUAAAAAUUGUGGAGCCUUUUAACUGUGCAAUAAUUUCUGUAUUUAUUGGGUUUUGUCAAUUUUUUUGGCAUGUGCAGGUACUUUUUAUUCUUUCUGUUUCAAUUUCUUUAAAAGAUUUUGUUGGGUAUCCAUCCCUUCUAGUUUCUUUUUAAACAAAAUCCCAUAGUAGCCUGAGCAAUGACUCGCAAGCAAUGUAGAGAAGAAGUAUAUCUUUUAAAUUAUAAUUUGGGGGAGGGGCGCUGCUUUUUUGAGAUUUAAGCUAAGCAUGUGUAAUUUCUUGUGAAGAAGCCAACACUUAAAUGACUUUGGAAGUUGUUUACUUUUUUAUUCUUUUUUUUUUUUUUGGUCCUGAAAUAAAAUGUGGCAUGCGGUUUUUGCUUUGGUUUUUGUUUUGUUUUUGGGAGGGUGUGUAGAGCGGAUAACAAUCCCUAAACAUUGUAGCACUUUGUUUCAGAAUCGGAAUGCAGACGUAGCACCGAGGAGCUGCAGAGUCACAGAGGCCUUUGCUGUGUUGGUUUCAGCUGUCACAUUCUGUAGGGGGAUCUUAGGGGUGGUUAGGGAGUCGUGGUGACCCCCCUUGAGCAGGCAUCUCAGAAACUCAGCAGGGCCCCAGGGUCCCCAGGGCCCUGGGAAGUGAUGGGAGAGCAUCCUUCGGAGGUUGGGCGUGGCCAGCAGCUAGCUGAGCCCUGUAGGAUGCUGGGGCAGCCCGAUGCCCUCUCUCCUGCGUGUCCCAGGUGAGGCCGAGCCAGGGGUCUCCCUCCUCAGUCAGAUGGUGCUGGCCUGCAGUGAGUGUGUCCUGGCCUCCGGGCCUCCCUUCCUCCCUCUCCCACGCCCUGUGUUACUGCAAGUGGUGAUGGACGGGUCAUUUGUCAGGAAGACACAGGCUCUGCUGGCCAGUUGAGGAAGCUCCUGUGUGCUCUAGGGACAGUGUGUAGGUGUGUGGGGAUCUUAGGAAGGGACCCAGCCGGGGGGCCUGCGCUGCCUCCCCAGGUGUCCCGGUCUCCUUAGGCUGGAAGGAAGCGAACAUUGGACUGACCAGAUUAAACAUUUGGGUUCUGUUGACCGCACUUUAAAGCUCUUUCGUUUGCAUUUAAAUUAAAUGGCUUCUAAACAAGAAAUUGCAGCAUAUUCUUCUCUUUGGCCCAGAGUUGGGUUAAACUUAAGGGACAGCUGAGACCGAGUGUCAGUGUUGCUAAGCGUGGCAUUCACAAUACUGGCACUAUAAAGAACCGAAUAAAAUAAUAAUUUAUUGGACAGUUUUUCUACUGCCAUUCAAUUUGAUGUGAGUGCCUUGAAAACUGAUCUUCCUAUCAGAGUCUCUUGAGACAAAUGCAAAACUUUUUUUUUUUUUGAAAUGAAAAGACUUUUUAAAAACAGUAAAGUGAGAAAAAGUACAUUCUUUAGACACCAACAAAGCCACAUUUACUUUAGAUUAAAAAAAUAUCCUGGUUGGAGAGAGAGGACGUGAAAAUGCCAUAUGAGAUCCAAUCAAAUGAAGAAAUAAACCCAGCACAAUCUCGGACACCUGUGAGCCGGAUCCUCAACCCCUUUGAUUGUGGGACGACGCUGCUUAGAGGUGGGGUGACCUGCUGCUGAAUUAGAACUCAAGUGACACAAGUUGACACGUUGGUAUCAUUGAAUGAAAACUAAAACCAUUCAGGAGCAACGGCUAAGUUUUUCUAAAGUUAAAUUUAGUGCACUCUGUCUUAAAAAUACGUUUACAGUAUUGGAUACAUACAAGGGUAAAAAAGAAUUGUGUGUGUGUGUGUUGGAGCGAUCUUUUUUCGUUGUGUUUUGUUUUGUUUUCAAAGUUUGCUUACUAGGUUCUAUAAAAUGCCUCCGUGGCUGUGUGGACUAUUGUUUUCUUUGGUGGCGGGGUUUUAGUAUAUAUUAUAUAUAUUAAAAUUUCUUGAUUACUGUAAAAGUGGACCAGUAUUUGUAAUAAUCGAGAAUGCCUGGGCAUUUUACAAAACAAGAAAAAAAAAAAAAACCCUCUUCUUGACCUUGAAAAUGUUGCAGUAAAAUUUCAAUGGUGGGUCUAUAAAUUUGUUCUUGUCACAGUAACUGUAAAGUCAGAGUUUAGUAAAUUUUUUUCUGCCUUGGGUGUUGAAUUUUUAUUUCAAAAAAAAAUGUAUAGAAACUUGUAUUUGGGGAUUAAAAGGGGAUUGCUACACCAUGUAGAAAAAGUAUGUAGAAAAAAGUGCUUAAUAUUGUUAUUGCUUUGCAGAAAAAAAAUCCCAUUUCUGCCCUGUACUUAUUUCUCUCUCCCCACCUCCCUCUGGAAUGGAUAUCUCGGUUGGUUCAUACGAUGUAGGCACUUGCUGUAUUUUUACUGGAGCUUGUAAUUUUUUAACUGUAAGCUUGUCCUUUUAAAGGGAUUUAAUGUACCUUUUUGUUAGUGAAUUUGGAAAUAAAAAGAAAAAAAAAAACAAAAACAAACAGGCUGCCAUAAUAUAUUUUUUUAAUUUGGCAGGAUAAAAUAUUGCAAAAAAAAAAAUUUGUAUGUUCAGUCCUAUUGUGCAGAACAAGGGUUGUCUGACAGCCCCUGGGAAAGCGAGCCAAGGGAAGGGCAUCAGUGCUUCGGCUCACCGGUCAUUUCAGGUGUAUAUAUACUUGUCAGCAUCGGCUCCAACGGGCUUCGCUCUGAACGCCCGGAACCGUGCGUUAGGGUUCCUUGGAGUGGCCACAGCAGGCCGAAGGGCAAUUCUUCGUGGAAUGCAAAGAUGGUUUUUUGUAAGGAUGUCAGUUCCUCCGGCCAGAGUCCUCCCUCGCUCCGAGAGGCCGUGGGCCAGGGGUCAGGUGCAGAGAACAACAGAGCCGGGCGGAGGUCGUGUGAGUUCUUCACCAGCCACAUUUCUUAGGCGGUCACCACCACUGCCACCUUCUCUGCUCUUCCGAGAAGGAAGAGCAGUACACUGCUGCUUUGGUCCCUGCCAGCCCGACGGGCGUGGUCCAUGCUGGUGUAGCUGACCAGGGUGGGACCCCUGAGACCACAGCAGGUGGGGUGUCCGGAGGAGGACUCAGCCAGGACCAUCCCCUCUCCUCUGCUGCUGCUGCCUUUGAAACCCUGCGCGUGCGAAGGCCUGGGAUGACUUCGUGCCUUUCCCUGUCUCCCCGCCCCCUGCAUCCUCCAUGGCUCCUCUCUCUCUUCUUUGUAUUUGCAUAUUUGCAUUUAAUUUCUUUCUGCUUUCUUUCCUCUCUCUUUCUCAGUUUUUUUUUUUUGUAAAGCCAAGUAGCUUUAAGAUAAUAAAAUGGUGAUUUUUGUUUUUGACAAGGGAAUCCACUUUUUUUUUUUUAAAUACCUGUAUCAGGAAGCCAUUUUUUUUUUUUUCUAAUUUUAGGAAAUGUAAGAACCCAUUGUUUUCUGAUGAUGAACUUAUAGCCAAGCUUUCUUUGGGGGCGGUCCUUUAGCCGUCGGGAGCUUUUCUGUUGGAUGCGCACUUUUCUCCUUGCCGCUUAACCUUUUGCAAAGUGAGAAGAGAGAGGGAGAGGGUGGGAGAUGAAGGCAGAAUUUCUGUCUCCCACCUGCUCCACUUGAACUCAGGGGUUGCCUGCCCCGGUGCAGGGGAGGCCCCUGAGGCUUUGGCGAGCCUUUGGGGUGGCCUCCCUGUAGUUGGAGCAGCUGGCAGCCGCUCACCAGCUCACUCAUAUCACCAGAAUGCCAGACUAAGCCAUCCCAAAGCACAAGUGUGUGGUGUGUGUGCCGCCUGUAGAGGACGGAGUGUAGCUCUUGGUAGGCGUUCAGGAGUCAAGCCCCGACUAAGCACCUGGCCCAGCGUAAGGGGCUGCUGGCACCGCCAACCUCAGGCCGGUUCCACACUGCCACAGCUUUGCCCAGAGUUGCCCCACAUUGGAACCUGCCGCUGGCCGUUCAAGGGUCUUUCAUGGGGAGAGGAGGAGACUGCGUGACUCAAGCAAAAUGUGAAAAGCGAGGAAUUAGCCUUUCGUCCUGGUCCCGAGUCAGCGCCAGUCGAAGGUUUGUUGGCCACAGGCAAAGCCGUGAUUUGGUGCUUCUUUGUAUCUUAGCCCUGCAAAGCCAAGUUCCACUGAUCUAAGUUGUUUGCAUUUGUACUGGCAAGGCGAAAUAUUUUUAUUACCUUUUCUAUUACUUAUUGUAUGAGCUUUUGUUGUUUACUUGGAGGUUUUGUCUUUUACUACAAGUUUGGAACUAUUUAUUAUUGCUUGGUAUUUGUGCUCUGUUUCAAAAACGGGCACUUUUUUUUUAUUAUGGAUAAAAUGUUGAGAUGACAGAAGGUCAUUUCAAUAUGGCUUAGUAUAAUAUUUAUUGUUCCUUUUAUUCUCUGUGUAAGAUUUUGGGCCUCUUUUCCCCCUUAAUGUCACAAUGUUGAGUUCAGCAUGUGUCUCCCAUUUCAUUUGUACGCUUGUUCAAAACCAAGUUUGUUCUGGUUUCAAGUUAUAAAAAAUAAAUUGGACAUUGAACUUGA